GCUCGGGGUCGGGGCCGCUCCCGCCGCGGGUUCCGAGCGCGAUCCGGUGCCCGUUUCCACCAUGGCCGGCCCGGUACGCCCGGCGCCGCUCUGCGUCACUUCCGCCGCGCCGCCGGAAGUUCCUGUGGGAGCGCGUCGGGGGAGCCGCGAGGAGCGCGCGCGCCGGGCCGCGGGAGAGGUGCCAGUGUCGAUCCCUCUCGGUGUAUGUGUGGUAACAACAUGUCUGUCCCCCUCCUCGCCGACGCUGUCACCGUGUCAGGGGCAGAGCGGGAGACCGCCGCGGUCAUUUUCCUACAUGGCCUUGGAGACACGGGGCACAGCUGGGCCGAUGCUCUCUCCUCCAUCCGCCUCCCGUACGUGAAGUACAUCUGCCCUCACGCGCCCCGGAUCCCGGUCACCCUCAACAUGAAGAUGGUCAUGCCCUCCUGGUUUGACCUGAUGGGAUUGACUCCAGAUGCACCUGAGGAUGAAGCUGGGAUCAAGAAAGCUGCAGAAAACAUUAAAGCAAUCAUCGAGCACGAGAUGAAGAACGGGAUCCCCCCCAACCGCAUCAUCCUGGGGGGCUUCUCACAGGGCGGUGCCUUGUCGCUGUACACGGCUCUCACCUGCCAGCACCAGCUGGCCGGGAUCGUGGCGCUCAGCUGCUGGCUCCCGCUCCACAGGGCCUUCCCACAGGCGGCGAACAACGGCGUGAACAAGGACAUCGCCAUCCUGCAGUGCCACGGGGAGAUGGAUCCCAUGAUCCCCGUGCGCUUCGGGGCCCUCACCGCCGAGAAGCUCAAGUCUGUCGUCACCCCCACCAAGGUGCAGUUCAAAACCUACCCCGGAGUGAUGCACAGUUCCUGUCCUCAGGAGAUGAUGGCGGUGAAGGAAUUCAUCGAGAAGCUGUUGCCCCGGAUCUGAGCGGAGCCCCUGGGGACUGUCGCAGGGGAGGGUGCCGAGGUCACGGCCGCCCGUGUGUCCCUGUGACCCGCCCGCUGCGAACGGAAGCCAUGGCCCCCCCAGCGCACCUCCCACCGCCCCCGCCCUCGCACCGCGUCCCCUCCGGCCGGGGCUGCCCCGCUGCUCCCGGAGCCCUCAUCGGAGCUGCCUAAGGCGAGUCUGGCCUUUUCUCUCCUGCUCUGGCUCCGAGCGCUUCCCGAGGGGGGGUCACCGUCCCCUCGGACCCCGCGGGGCUGGCACGGUGCGGGUGAGGUUUUCCUGUUGGGUUUGGGGUUUUUGUACCAGUAUUAGGGGCGGGAUGUGCCCGGCUGCGGUGGGAGGAGCGGGGCGGGGCUGGGGCACCCCUGGGGCUCGGAGCGCUGCCCUUGAUGGCCGCUCUCGGCCUCCGCUCAGGCGACUCACGGGUUUUCAGUCAGAGCUCAGGAACCCGGGACUCCCCUGCGGACGCCUCCAGGCUCCGGGGCAGGCUCUGCCCUGGGCUGGCACCGCCAAAGGCUGCCCGGGGCCGGCGGGGAGGGUCAGUGCAGCUCCCGCACCUCCCGCACGGCCCCGCCUGUCACACACGCACACUCCCCUCAGCCAUCGGCCUGGGGCAGCUCUGCCCUCCUGAGAUAAUCACCUCCCUCCUCCUGCUCCUCCUCCUCUCGUUGCUUUUACAAUCUCCAUCUCCUCCUCUGCCCCGCGGGGGUCCCAGAGGCAUCUCCCCCCUCCCAGCCCAGCUCUGCACCCUCGGAGCCCUCAAGCUUCGUUUACACUCACAGAGCCACCGGCCCCAUCUUUAAUGUCUUCUCUUGCUGCUACUUGUCCUUCCCUUUGGACUCGGGCUGGCUCGGGGAGGGGGAGGUGAGGGGGGUCCCUGGUCCCCGGGUUUGGCUCCUGGUGCAGCUGGAAGGAGCAGCUUUGCUCCCAUCCAUCAUCUGAGCCCUGGGUGCUGCUGUGCCCCAUCCUCUGUGCUCCUGGGAUCUCCCUGCUCCCCGGGGCUGGGGGCUCCAGCCCCUCCCCAUGUACAAUCACCAGUGCCCCUCACCUGUGUCCCCUCCCCAGUGCUGGCAUCAUGCUGGGACCCCGAAUGUCUCCUCCUGGGGGGCUCCUGGCUGACCCUCCCUCCCCAUAGGGCCCAGGGCAGUGGCUGUGGAGCAGCUCUGCCCUCACCCCCUCUUCCCCCGGGCUGAGCCCCUGCUGGGGGCUGAUCCUGGCUUUUAAAACACCCCCACAUUCCCCUGGCCCCAGGGCUGGCCCUGCUCCCCCUGCCCGGUGCCCUGGGGCCAGUGAGGUGAGGGCUGCCCUGGGGGGCUCAGCCCCAGCAGUUCUGCUCCAGCCCUGCCCUUCCUGCCCGGGCUGUGCAAAGCAAUAACUGCUCUCUGGAGAGUGGGACCCACCCUGGGCUGGCCUCUUGGCUUGGGCUUUGAGUUUUUGCCCCUUUCAGCAAGUCUGAAAGUGGCAGAGCUGGCACCGGGGACAGCCCAGCUCGGCUCUGCCCUCGGCUCUGCCCUCGGCUCUGCCCUGGGUUCUGCCCUGAGCUCUGCUCUGGGCUCUGCCCUGCCCUGGGCUCUGCCCUGGGCUCUGCCCUGAGCUCUGCCCUGGGCUCUGCCCUGCCCUGGGCUCAGCCCUGCUGGCUCUUCUAUGCUGUGUUUUAAUGUUGCUGUGCCCCUGCCCCCCACGCUUGGCUGGGGGGCAUGAGAGGGUCACAGGGGUGGGAUGGCAGCUCUUUGGGGUCACCAGGAGCUGGCAGGGGUGGGAUGGCAGCACCCUGGGGUCACCAGGAGCUGGCACGGGUGGGAUGGCAGCUCUUUG